AUCGUAGAAAAACAUUCAUCCUUCUUACGAAAGAUAAAUCAUUUUCCAAGUGUGCAUAAUCCCAUUUGUUGUUGUUGUUGUGUUUCACGAGCUUUUGUUUUAUUUCCACAACGGGUGAAAAUCGACUUUGAUCGCGUGUGUGAGUGAGAGACAAUGGCGACAAUGAGUGUGGCCACGACUCCACUGACGAGUGCCGGUCUCGAGAAUCUGAUGACGACAUUGCUGGAACGUUUCGAGACGGCCUGUUUGGAGCAGCAGGAGGCGGGAAAUGGCAACAAGAUGCGGGUGCCAAUGCAGGCCGAAAUCCGAUCGCUAGAUUUCUGGCGUUCCAUUGUGGCCGAAUGCCUGGCUUCCUUUUUCCUCGUCUUCAUCGUCUGCGGCUCGUUCAUACCUUGGUCGGGACACACUCCGCCAGCCAUCAGCAUCGCAUUGGCUUCCGGCUUCGCUGUGGCAGCCCUCACACUCUCCUUCGCCCAAAUAUCUGGAGCUCAUUUGAAUCCAGUCAUGUCGCUGGCAUUGCUCGUCACUCGCAAAAUAUCGCCCAUGAAAGCUUUGCUCUACGUCACGUCUCAAGGAGGUGGAGCCAUCGCUGGAGCUGCUCUUCUUUACGGUGUAACCAGUCCUGGACAUCAAGGAUACCUCGGAGCUACAAUCGUCUCUACCGGUUUAACCGAUUGGCAAGCGCUGGGCAUUGAACUAUGCCUGACGUUUGUCAUCACGCUCGUCUAUUUGACAACGAUGGAUGAUCAUCGACGUGGGUUAUCGGCUUCCAUAGGACCUGGACCCAUCACGCUCGGCCUUACCUACACGGCCUGCUCCUUUGUCGCUUUGCCAUCAACUGGUGCCUCAUUCAACCCUAUGAGAUCACUUGGUCCGGCUUUCGUCAUGAACAAAUGGGACGCUCACUGGGUUUAUUGGCUGGGACCCAUCGUGGGUGGCUGUCUGGCGGCCAUCCUCUACGAGUUCAUUUUCAACCCGUAUCGCAACUCGCAACGCCGCAAGGGAUCCAUCCCCGAUGGUGACGCGUCGAGCAUUCACAGCGACGAGGACAACUACGACGACGUGAAAUCAACUGUGGCUAAUUACCAGAGUGCCCGCUCUCAGCACUACGAUCAGUACCGGCCGGCAAUUAGUCCAGGUGGUCCGUCUAAUCCAAUUUCACCUAGCGGUGCUGGUGUCGGUGGCGCUGUAGGAAACAACUGGCGGAACCAGCAGCGGAUGGAACGAGCCGAAUCGGUUUAUGGCGGCACCAAGUCGCUUUAUCAUUGCGGCAAAUCACCUGGACCGCCCAGCCGUUCGAGCAAUCUCAACCGCUCCCAGUCGGUCUACGCCAAACCUCCGGCCGCUCCGGCUGUCCAACCUCCCAACGUUUACGCUUCCCGCGGAGCUCAGCUCCAGUCGGCGCAGAGCACUUAUCUGGCCGCUCGCAACGUCGACCUCAUUCGCACCGAGAGCAUUUACGCCACGCGACAGCCGCCGGCUCCUAUGGCGUCCGGAAACAGCAGCCGGGCCGAAAGCGUUUACGGCAGCCGCCAUCCGCGCCAUAUGGCCGAUAUGACGGACGUGGAUCGACCCGUGCGCGACAAUUCGCUCCUGACGUCUUCGGUGGCUAGAGAACCCGUUUACGCCACCAGGGCUCCCAGUCACGACCGUUCCAAACCGGAAUCGUACCAACUGGAACCCAUUUACCAGACUCGACGUGAAGUUGUACCAUCGGUGGCGGCCGUCGAGCCGGCCCAGCGCGGUGAAAGCCUCUACGAUCGCAAAGUCCCUACUUAUCGGCCGGAAGCGACUGUGGCCGCUUACAACCGUCGACCCAAUCCGGAGCAGAUGGAAACAUCGGCAACCAGCGCCGGAGGAGCUCCCAUUUCUCCUAGCGACACGUCAAAAGAUUCUGCCUAUGGAUCCGUCCACGGCACUUCGAUUCAAAGUCCAGCGGAAUGGGCAGGUCACGGCCAGGAGAACAAUCAGAGCAACUACAAUCAACAACAGCAGCAACAACAACAACAGCAUGUUCAACAUCUCCAACAUGCAUCCGCCUUUAGUCCUCAUUUACCCAACCAGCCUCCGCAAGGUUCUUACCAGAUCCAGCAACAGCAGCAGCAAGCCGGUCAUCAUCAUCACUACGCUCAGAAGUUCCGAGCGGAUUUGAUGUCACCCAACAGCCAACAACAUUCGCCCGGAUCAUUUCACUCACCGGUGCAAUACUAAUAAAAGAAUUGGUAAAAAAACAAAUUAACAAAAACAUUUGAAUAAUCACCGAAACAUUUAAAAAAACAAUUAUUCUUUCCCUUAUUUUUGGCUGAAAGUGUAUAUCGUCUUCCGCCAUUUGUAUAUUAUAUCCAAGUCUUCAUAUUCUUCAUUCAUUUUGACUUGGAGAAUUAUUAUUUCAUUCUUCUUGAUGUGCUGUUUAGUUUUUUAAUUAGCAGACCAUCUUUUUCGGGCUUGACCCGGAAAUAGCCAAGUGUUUAUAUCUUGACUAUCAUUUGUCUUUUCUCUCUGAAUAAUUAUAAUCUUUUUUUCUUUGUCUGUGUGCGUGUGAGUGUGAGUGCUAUAAUUCAAAUACUCGUGUGUGUUUCAUUUUAUUGAAUGUCUCUUGUCCGUCAUUUAUCCAAACCGUUUUAUCUGCGCUUUUAAUAAUAACAUUUUGUUUGUUUUUUCUCCAAUUUGCUAACCGAGUGCAGUAGGUUGUUUGGUCAGUGCCAGCAAAUCGGCUGCCAACGUCAAUCGAUCUGUUAAUAAUAUAAUUUUGUGCACGAUAAAAAAAAUGGGAACAAAUUGAAUAAAACGUUAAAAGAU